CUGGAGCCGGUUGUAUCCAGAGCUGACUCUGGGAGGGCGGGAGUCUGCAGAGUCCCACGGUACACACACCCACGGGAGAGGGAGGGGCCCAGGAAGCAGACCCUCCCCAAAGUGCAGGGCUGGGUUCCCAGGAAACCAACCAGACCCUGAGCACGGCAAGGCCACCAAUGCUGGUGAACGACAGCUCUCCUCUGCUUUAAUGAGGGACACACUCUGCCCGGCCUUCAGGUUCCACACACCCACAGGUGUGCACAGGUCCAGGACUCUGCUAGCUUACAUAUGUCAGCCACACACAGACAGCCACUCAGAAACAGCACUGCAGCUUCUCUCAGUGGCUGACGCACAUGUACACCGUCAACGACCACGAGCAGAUUCCUGGGGGCAAACCCGGAGCACCCCUGCCAGCCUUUCUGGGGCUCAUGGAAGAGGCAGUGAGCCCUGUCCUUGUCCUAUGAGAGUGGUUCUCAAGGUGAGGUGCCUGGACCAGCAGCAUUGGCAUCACCUGAGAACCAGUUAGAAAUGCUUUGAGUUCUGUCUUCUCUCUCCUGCAGAGGCCUGAGCAGUCUGGGGGGCUUCCUGCGGGGCAACCUCUAAGCUAAAUAGACUUUAUGUGCAUUAUCUCAUUUAAAACUCACAAAUACAGUAAGUCUGCCCUUAACAUCAUCAAUAGGCUCUGCAACUUUAAGCAAAAUAACGUGUAAAAUUACCGUAAGGUAAUGGAUAUAAACAAGAGUUAAGUUCCUAAGGCAAUUUCAUCAUCAAUAUUAUAACGAAACAACAUUGAACGAAAUGACAUUAUUCAAGGACCUGCCAAAUGCUGUGAGAUGUACACCUCAGUUUUCCUAUUUUUUUCAGACAGGGAAGCCAAAGUUCAGAAAGAUUAAGAGACUUGCCUGGAGUCACUGAGGCCGACUCACGCCUAGUCUGGCUCCCAAUUGUGUGUUCCGAAUUACUUUCUAGGUGUAACUCCUGGCCCGGGUUGACUGUAAACACCCCACCGAGGACUGUGCUCUGCACGCCAGCCCCCACCCCUGCCAUCCGUGCUUCUCCUGGGUCUCUCCCUGCCUGGCAGCCAGUCCUAAAUCUUUCCUCAAGAGACAAGGCUGGGCCAUCCAAGCAGGGGUGGGACGAGGGGCGGGAGCCAAAGUCCCAUCUAGUGAGCAGGCAGCACCUCUGCCAAGGCCCUCGCCCUCCCCACAAGGGAAAGAGCAGGGAAGGCAGUGGCUCCGAGGGCUGGCAGCCCUGACUGCACCCCAAAGCCUGGAGACACAGCCGGCCGCACAGCUGACCCAUCAAAUCCAAAGACUGCUGCUGUGCGCUUGUCUGAUCCAGAACAUUUCCUGAAUAGUAUUAGGAGGGAUCUGGGUUUGAGUCCUGGCUUGUCACCAACUUACUGAGAGACCUGGACUCAUCACAUCCCCUCUUGGAAUUUGUUUUUCCAUUUCAGCUGUGAAGAGGUUACCUGAUGAUUUACAAAGAUGUCUCCUGCUCUGAAACUGUGUCUUGGAUUCUAGACUUUCACGUGACACUGGAGAAGUCUGGCCAGGGCCUGGGAAUCUGAAAUGCCAAUGGCUCAGGACUCUGCUCUCUGCUCAGCCUGACUCAUCUCUGCCUGAGACUUGAGAACGACCCCCAGCUCCCUACGUGCCUGGCUUUGCACCCACUCCUCUCUCCCCCCAUAUACUCACACCCCAGAGGAUUUCUCCUCUAACGCCUACCGGGGGAGGACACCAGGGCCCAGGAGGAGCUGAGGAGCCAGGCUUCUUGUCCCAGACCCAGAGGCAGUCAUGGGGGCCUGUGCCAUUGUGAUUGAUGCCAACAUCUCCUCUGGCCUUGAGAGCAACACCACGGGCACCACGGUCUUCUCCAUGCCUGGGUGGCAGCUGGCACUGUGGGCUGCCGCAUACCUGACCCUCGUGCUGGUGGCUGUGACGGGCAACGCCACGGUCAUCUGGAUCAUCCUGGCCCAUCCAAGGAUGCGCACGGUCACCAACUACUUCCUCGUCAACCUGGCCCUGGCCGACCUCUGCAUGGCUGCCUUCAACGCCGUCUUCAACUUCAUCUACGCCAGCCACAACAUCUGGUACUUCGGCCGUGCCUUCUGCUACUUCCAGAACCUCUUCCCCAUCACAGCCAUGUUCGUCAGCAUCUACUCCAUGACUGCCAUCGCCGCCGACAGGCAAGAGGGGGCAGGGAGAAACUGGGGGGGGGGGGCGCUAGCUCACUUUGCCAGGACUCAGACAGGGCCAGUGACUUCCUCGCAGUCACACAGCAAGUUAAGGGUAGAACCCAGGGGAUGUCCUCCCAACCUGAUCAUGAUCCAAAACUAUGCAUUUGGAAGGCAGGGGGCUAUGGAACCGAAGCAGGUAAGGUUAAGGUUAGACACAGGAAGAACUUUGCUCCAGAUGGUUGUUCAAGGCGGUAUGGAAAAAUUUGUGAAGACCAUGGUGCUGGUGGUGGUGAUAUUUGCCAUCUGCUGGCUGCCCUACCACCUCUACUUCAUCCUGGGCAGCUUCCAGGAGGACAUCUACUGCCACAAGUUCAUCCAGCAGGUCUACCUGGCGAUCUUCUGGCUGGCCAUGAGCUCCACCAUGUACAAUCCCAUCAUCUAUUGCUGCCUCAACCGCAGGUUUCGCUCUGGAUUCCGGAUUGCUUUCCGUUGCUGCCCGUGGGUCACGCCAACCCAGGAGGAUAAGAUUGAGCUGACUCACACUCCAUCCCUCUCCAGGAGAGUCAACAGGUGUCACACCAAAGAGACUUUAUUCAUGAAUGGGGAUGUGGCCCCCUCUGAGGCUACCAGCGGGCAGAUGGGGGGUCCCCCAGAUGGGGCAUCUACUGAACUCUGAAGCCUUGUGCCUGGCUGCAGGGUGAGGCUUAGCACCCUUUGAGAAGUAGCCAGUUAGGAGGACCAGAUCUGAAACUUUGGUCCAUGCGUCACCUUUCAAUACAUCGAUGGAAAAACAAGAUGGCGCCAGGAACUUUACAGUGGAUGCUGACUCUUAAGCGGACCCAGCCUUCGUCUCAGACAGUACUUCAGGAGAGCCUAGAUGAGGCAAAGAAGACACUGUGAGCUAACACUUAUCUAAUCCAGGAGUUGCAAGCUCAGAUGCCUUCUUGGGGCAACAACGUAAUGAGUAAAUUGGAUCCACCAUAAAAGAAAAGCUGCAAAUAUGAUGAUAAAAGGCAACUGGCUUCCAGUGUUGGGGUGAUAGGGAAUGGUGGGGACUGUGACAAACUGGAGGGUAUAGGCUUCCAAAGGGACAGCAACUGAUCAGCUCUGUACCAAUGUUGCCAGGUGGUUAUGGGAGCCCAUUGUUGUCACAUUUUCUAAAUCAAGAGAAGCCAGAAGUCCAAAUUUGUGAAACUUCCAGACUUAAAAAAUUUUGCUCACAUUUUUAUAAAUGUUAGGUAAACCAAACAGAACACACCUGUGGGCAGCACCCAAGGAUGACACUGAUUCAUUAUCAGGUUAAAGACACAAGGGAGAAGCUUCUUAUUUGGCAAAGCCUGUGAGUCAAUCCAGGGCUUCUCUGCCUCGGCGUCUAAGGACUCGAGACCCAGCCCAGUGUAGAUGGUGGUUAAGAGUCAAAGGGAUUGAAAAAUUGAAGAAAAAAAAAAAAGAGUCAAAGGGAACCUCAGCUGUGUGGUGCCUCAGACAAGUCACUCUGACCCUCCGCCUCUUCCUCUCCCAAUGGCAAAACUACCUCACAGAGAUGCUGUGGGAACGACAGAAGGAUGCCUAUAAACUACCAGGCCAAACGCAGAAUAAGCACUCAAUAGUCAGCAGCCAUGAUUUUUACUGCCACACCAGCCAUUUUACACGAAUUCCUCCUGCAAGUCAGCACCACAACUUUCACCCUCAUUUCCACAGCAAGAAGGUGGCAGGCAGAGAAUACCAACUGUCCUGACUCCCAGAAAGCUCCAGUCUACCCCAAGGAGACAUCACUCCGUUUGACUCACCCUCCAUGCCCCAGAGUCCCUCCAGAUCCAUGUAACACUAUAAAUGCACGUCAAGAUUUUAAUGUUAUCUGUAUUCUCCACCAAGAUCACUGUGCCACGGGCACCAGCAGUGCCAAAUAAAGGGACUCUGGUCUCACCAAACCAAGUGAGCAGGCAGGCAGGCAGUCAGUCCUGGGGGAAGCCACCUAGAGCUGUAGUCACGGCUUGGGAGACUCACACGGCACUUCCAUCACAAGGGACGCUGGUCCCUUGUGUUAUGGACUGACGUGGGAUCCACCAGUGGGCUGAGGGAGAAUCCAAAAUGGUGGGACAGCAACCUUGAGGUGGGGUAAGGAUGCAAGGCGCCGACAAGGGCCAGUUUCCUAUAGAAGUGGUCAAUUUCAGGUGAGGGAGUGGGGAGAGGGCAACAAUCCUGCUACCCUGGGCUGCUGCAGGACUUCAUUUGUGUCUGAGCAGGGGUUCUAUUUCAAUCCACUAUCUUGAGAGUUGACAGGAUGAUGAAGGGCAGGGUCUGCCUGGGGAGAGCAGGGGAGGCCAAUGUUGCUAUGUCCUCUCAUUACACCCAAACAGCCCCUAGAAGCCAAGUUGACCUUUUCUUUGUUCCAAUUACAAGCGAGGAGGUCAGGCUGUUAGAGGACAGGGGACAUCCCUUUACCUUAAAGGUGCUGGGGUGGGGGCUGCGGAGCCUCUCCCCAAGGUAGGACCCUGGGGCUGCAGCAGGAAACCAGCAGGACACGUGCUGGAAGACAAGGGGAGAAGCUGCUUCUGUGACACUCUGCAGGGCGAGCACAGAGGUCCUCCUGCCAAAGGCUGGGGCUG